GUUUAAGUUUGUUGUGUGCGCGCGCGCUGUGUAUUUCCUCAACAAGCAUGGCUCUCAACUUCCAGACGUCCACCCUUUCUCUGACUUUGCCGAUUUCGUGCCAGAUAUGUCUCGGAAAGGUCAAGCAGCCGGUCAUUUGUGCGAACCACCACGUGUUCUGUUCAUCCUGCAUGGAAAUGUGGUUGAAAAAAACGAGCCAGUGUCCCACCUGCAGAGUCCCCAUCACAGCGGAGAACCCCUGCAGGGAAAUCAUCGGAGGCACAAAUGAGAGUGAUCACCAUGAUAGUCCUUCCACGACGAAAUGCCUGAGAAAAACCAGAGGAGAACUGCUUUUGCGAGAGUAUGAGGAGGAAAUUGAAGGGUUCAUCAGAGAAAAUGAGGAGCUGAAAACAACAAAUCAAAGUCUGGAGUCCCAGCUGAAGACCGCUCUGGAUCCCUGCAGCGUGAAUGCAGUGCAAACGGAAGACAAGAACAUUGACCCCUGUGUUGUGGAAGAAUGGAUGAACAAGCUGCGGGCUGCCACCAAUGUUUGUGACCAAGUAAAGCAGGACACGGAUAGGCUAAAGGAGGCAAAUAAGGCAUUACGAUCUCAGAAUGUCCACCUUGUACAGGAGAAUAUGAGAUUAAAAGCAGAGGUGACAAGCAGGUCUCCUCAGAAGUUUGGCCGUUGCACAGUGGCAGCGCUGGAAGCUAAAGUCCAGCAGCACGAGCGUGAUGUGGACCACUUGACGAGGGCUCUGGAGCGCAGCGACCAGUACAUUGAAGACCUGGAGUCUCGCAUCAGAAAGUCUGAGAAGAGGGGCUUUGAAGGGCAGGAAGCAUGCAAGGACGGCAAGGCUGAGUCUGAAGCACUCACACAACAACACAGAAUCAACAUGAUGAUGAGAAGCCUGAGUGACAAUGAGAGGGAGUCAAUCCUCAGCAAUCCACUGGUGGAAAGUCGAAAUUCCAGUUUGCUGCUCAUGUCGUCUGCGGAUCCCAAAGAGGCCAAUAAGAAUCUAACCGGAGAACAGAAAGACGGGGACUUUGAAAGCACCCUGUCCGACCCUUUGCCCACCACGCCGUCCUCUGCCUUCCGAUCGCUCACUCUGAGAAGCCCUGGCAUCCGUGAAAAGAAAGUUGCAUUUAAACCAGCUUCUUAUCUGAGGAAGCUUGAUUUUGAAGAAUGUCCUAGCCCUAACGAGAGCAGCAGCAGCAGCAGCUGCAGCAGCACCACCGCGGAGAACCAAAUCAGCAGUCUCGACAAGUUCCCCAAAGGCUCGCCUGCAAAUACUGACGAGGAACCCUCAAAGUCUGUCUUCUGGGUUGAUUGGCAGAGUUCUAAAUCUAAUGACGAGUCCUGUCCGGAUCCAAAUGAAGAUGGCUCGGAUAAAGAAGCUGAAGCCGCAGCCCUUGAAGGCGAUGAGUCCGGUGGUUUCCACAUGUCCAGCGAGGCAUCAAUGGAUGCGGCUUACCGGGACAAAAUCUCCGAGUUGGACUCCAUGAUGUUGGAUGGAGAGAGUUCCAGUAGCCGGGGAUCCCAGCGCUCCCUGGCUUCCUCCCCGCGUGCAGACUUGGACAGCACUCUGGUCCCAGAAAAACAAACAUGCCACGAUGUCUCGACGAGUCGCGCCGGUGAAGCCGCGGUACAUUGUGACCAGAAGAAACACUCGCCAUCUAACAACAUGCCCGUGAGUUCUAAAGAGGCUCCGAAAGGCUCACCAGAGGACAGUCUGCCGGUGUCGGGUAGUGAGAGUGGAAGCCGUGUCCCUGACUGCGGCCCCCCUCAGACGGACGAACUGUCCUUUGAUUUGCUGUUUGAUUCACUGGAAGAGAAUAAGGCCGGUCCCUCCGGCUCUCUCAGUCCAGCAAGCCAGGACCACGAUCAUGUUAAUUCCUCCCCUCCCGCCUCGUCCCCCAGCUGCACUGGUAAACCUGUGAACACACCAAGAGACAGACACGCACUGAACAUCAGCCAGCCGGCAAAGAGGAAGUCUCACAGUUCCUUCAACACGAACAGUCCCACGAAACUCUCAAAGCUCAUGUGAAGGUUUUAGAAUAAGAACCUGCCCUCCACUGUCGUGUGUGUGUUUUGGGUCGGGCUUCACAAACCAAACGCGGGCCCGAGAAAUUAACUCCACGUUUCUCCAGAAUAAAUUUGUGAGCGUGUUGGUCCUGUGUAAAUUAAUGUAAUUUUGUCUAUUAUAUUGCAUAAACAAGACAAAAUCUGAUGGUUUUUGCGUGUUGUCCACUUCCAGGUCUCAGUGGCAUUUACAUGAUUUUGAGGCUUUUCUGAAUUUCUGUAAACUGAAAAACACAUCUGUGCUGUUCCUUGUUACGCUGUAUUGUGCACUUGUAUGUGUUCAUCCAUCAAAGUUAUUCUGUGUAAAUGGUCCACCUGAUAAGCUCUAAGAUGGCAUGCGACGCUGAAGACCGACGAACAGGACUGUCAUGGAAAAACUAGUAUUUCGAAAUAAAUAUUGCAGUUUGUUAGGAAAUAAAGUAGUAAUGCAAGGAGAAACAAUGUAUGCCACUUAUUUUUCUUUUUUCUGUAUUAUAUGUGGUUUAUAUUAAAUUCUUUUUGUAUAGCCCAUUAUCACAAAUUACAAAUUAGCCUCGGAGUGUUUUACCAUCUGUACACAUAUGACGUCCCAGGAGCUCACAUCGGAUCAGGAAAAACUCCCAAAAAAUAGGAAAAAACCUUUCAUAUUUAUGUUUGCAGUUCAUGUGAUUGAGCUCACGAAUAACUUUCUGGACAUUCAAUGGGUUUCAUAGGUUGGUCUGGUAUCUGGUGGUCAAUUCACCCAUAUUGUGAUUUCUAAUUGAUUUCGGGAUCAACAUUUAGUACGUUGUCAUUUUUAGUUUUUCCUCGCUCCUUUGGUGAUGAUUUGCAUCACAUUCAAAUCACAUUUAUUAUUUUCCUGCUCUUAAAAGGCUAAAACGCGUCGCCUGUAAACGCGGAUGAGAGCAUGUUGUAGCCUGUAACGACACGCAUUAGAGACCACACACGCAAAGUAAUUCCAUUAUAGUGCUAAGCGCCUUAUUUAUCAUGCACAUUUAACGAUAUCAUGUAUAUUUCACAUACCUCUAAUCGCUGCAUGCAAUUUUAAUUGGCUAGCCACUGUGGUUCGAAUAAAUUCAGUGUUAAUUCA